CAUAUUCUCUCAUCUUCUUCUUCAACAACAACAACAACCACUUCAGACUUGAAAACCCAUCACUCAUUUCCUUUGAUCAACAUGGAGAACUUAUUUCGCUUAGUGGAUCAUGAGGAUUUCUUUGCUCGCCGUUGCAUCAUGGUCAACGGGCCGGUCAUAGUUGGAGCUGGCCCAUCUGGCCUGGCAACGGCGGCUUGCCUGAGGGACCAAGGAGUCCCAUUCGAAGUCCUUGAAAGAGCCGACUGCGUAGCCUCACUGUGGCAAAAACGCACCUAUGACAGGCUCAAGCUUCAUCUACCCAAGGCAUUUUGCCAACUCCCUAAGCUUCCAUUCCCUGAGGACUUCCCUGAGUACCCAACAAAGAGACAGUUCAUCGACUACCUUGAAUCAUACGCCAAACACUUUGAAAUCAACCCAAAGUUCAACUCCUGCGUCCAAUCUGCCCGCUACGACGAGACCAGCGGUUUCUGGAGGGUCAACACAGUUUCAACAACCGGGUCGACCCGAUCGGAGGUCGAGUACAUCUGCAGGUGGCUCAUAGUUGCCACCGGCGAAAAUGCAGAGUGUGUGGUGCCCGAUAUCGAUGGCUUGUGCGAGUUCGGCGGUGAAGUUGUCCACGCUUCUGAGUACAAGUCUGGCGAGAAGUACAAGGGAAAGAAAGUACUUGUCGUCGGUUGUGGAAAUUCCGGCAUGGAACUCUCUCUUGACCUCUGCAACCACAAUGCCUCGCCUUCCAUAGUCGUUAGAAGCUCGGUUCAUGUCUUGCCUAGAGAAAUCUACGGAAAAUCGACAUUCGAAUUGGCUGUCUUUCUGCUAAAAUGGCUACCAGUCUGGUUAGCUGACAAGCUUCUCUUGCUGUUUUCAUGGUUGAUACUCGGCAGCAUUGAGAAAUACGGGCUCAACAGGCCUUCCGUUGGACCAAUGGAGCUAAAGAACACACAAGGAAAGACCCCUGUUCUUGACAUUGGAGCACUAGACAAAAUCAAGUCCGGUGGCAUCAAAGUAGUCCACGGAAUCAAGAGAUUCUCAUACGGACGCGUUGAACUUGUCGGCGGCGAAGUGCUCGACAUUGAUGCAGUUGUUUUAGCUACAGGAUACCGCAGCAAUGUUCCUUCUUGGCUACAGGAAGGUGAUUUUUUCUCCAAGAAUGGAUUCCCAAAGCAGCCAUUCCCACAGGGCUGGAAAGGAAAUGCCGGACUCUACGCAGUCGGGUUCACAAGGAGAGGGCUCUCUGGUGCUUCAUGUGACGCCGUGAGAAUAGCACAAGAUAUUGGAAAUGUCUGGAAAUGUGAGACUAAGCAGAACAAGAAGAGAACCACAGCUGGUCACAGACGAUGCAUUUCCCAGACGUUCUAA